AACUUAAGAACAAACCUACAUACCUAGCCUUAUUCUUUCCUGUCACCUCUGUGCUACUGAGGCCAACUUCAGCUUGUCCUUGCUUCUGGUUACCUUGUCUGAAGGAAUCAAUCAUGGCUGACGACUCUCAGAGAAACUUCCGCUCAGUGUAUUAUGAAAAAGUGGGAUUUCGUGGAGUUGAAGAAAAGAAGUCACUGGAAAUUCUGUUAAAAGAUGACCGGUUGGAUAUUGAGAAGCUUUGCACAUUCAGUCAAAGGUUUCCUCUCCCAUCCAUGUAUCGUAUACUGGUGUGGAAAGUGCUUUUAGGAAUUAUUCCUCCUCACCAUGAAUCUCAUGCUUUGGUGAUGAAAUACCGGAAGGAGCAGUACUGGGAUAUACACCAUGCUCUUCGUGUAAUUCGUUUUAUUAAUGAUUCUACCCCACAGGUUGAUGUUUUCCUCCGCAUACAUCAACUGGAAUCAGGAAAAUUGCCUCGAAACUUGGCUUUUCCAUUGGAACCUGAAGAUGAAGUGUUUCUGGCUAUUGCUAAAGCAAUGGAGGAAAUGGUGGAGGAUCCUAUAGAAUGCUAUUGGCUUGUCAGUUGCUUUGUGAAUCAGCUGAACAGCAAGCACAAAGAUUCAUUACAACAAUUGCCAAAAAUUCUGGAGCAGUAUUUGAAUAUUGAAGAUAACAGACUUUUGAUGCAUCUGAAAGCAUGUGCUGCAAUGAGCAAACUCCCUUACGAUCUUUGGUUUAAAAAGUGUUUUGCAGGCUGUUUACCUGAGUCCAGUUUACAGAGAGUUUGGGACAAAGUUAUUAGCGGGUCCUGCAAGAUUCUUGUUUUUGUUGCUGUGGAGAUAUUAUUAACCUUUAAAAUGAAGAUAAUAGCGCUGAACACUGCAGAAAAGAUCACACAGUUUUUGGAAAAUAUUCCUCAAGAUAACACUGACGCUAUUGUCAGCAAAGCUGUUGAUCUGUGGCGCACACACUGUGGGACUCCAGCACACUCAGUCUGAGAACUUUCUUCGCUUAUGACAGCUUGGAGAAAAAAAAAAGACAUUUGAAAAGACAUUUUUACGACUCUUCCUCCAUCUCAGUGUCAUGUUCUUCAUUACCUCUUCUAUGUAAAGAUGCUAUUACAGCAGCUAAUAGCAUAGUAAUCAAUAUGUAAAUAUUUUUCAAUAAAUACAGGUGGAA